AUGAUAAAGCUUGAGAAAGGCUGGAUGAGUUCGACUGAUUGGCUCCCUGGAAAGGUGGAAGUGGAAACUCCCAGUGGAAAAGUCUACAGGUUUCCCAUCUACCACUGGAUCUCUAAUGGCAAUAUCAACUUGUUCAGAGAGGGAAAAGCUGUGUUGGACUUUAAGGAGACAGACGAAAAGCUCAGAACUGACCGGAAGGAGGAGCUCCGAGAGCAGCAGAGCAUUUACUGCUGGGAUGUCUAUAAGGGUGGAAUUCCAGAAUGUGUGAAAGAAAACUCAAUUCGUUCACUGCCUCAUGAUGACAGGUCCACCAUUGCCAGUAUUAUUUCAACUGGAAUCAAGGACUUCAAUAUUAUAUAUGAGCAGUUUAUUGGAUAUCUUAAGGGUAAAAGAACAUGGACCAGUUUUGAGGAUAUCGAGGAUUUCUACAAACUUGUAGUUACUCCAACAACAGUCCUCGAAAACUGGAGGAAGGACUCCUUCUUUGGAUACCAGUACCUGAACGGGAUCAACCCCAUGGUGAUCAAACGCAUUACAAGCCUUCCUGAAAACUUUCCUGUCAUCAUCCAAAAUCCUGCAGUCAGUCUGAACUCAGAAAUGGAGAAAGGAAACAUUUUCCUGUGCGACUACAAGAUUCUGGACGGAGUGGAAACAAACACCAUCAACGACAAGAAGCAGUACUUGGCUGCUCCGCUUGUCCUGCUCCACCAGACUGAGGAGGGGAUGAUGAUGCCCAUCGCUAUUCAGCUGAAGCAGAAACCCGGAGAGGACAACCCCAUCUUUCUUCCCUCUGACUCUGAGCUGGACUGGCUGUUGGCAAAGCUGUAUGUGAGAAGUGCAGAUUUCAACCUGCAUGAGCUCAACUAUCACCUGCUGCGCACUCACCUGCUGGCUGAGGUCUUUGCCGUUGCUCUAAAGAGAAACUUACCCAGAGUUCAUCCUGUUUUCAAGAUCCUCAUCCGUCACACACAUGACACUCUGCAGAUCAACGUCUUGGCUCGAGAGAGUCUCAUCUCUGACGGUGGACUUUUCAGCCAAUUUACAGCUUCUGGUGGAAAUGGUAUGGACACCAUCCUGCAGAGAUCUCUGUCCAACCUCACCUACACGUCUCUCUGCAUACCUGACGACAUCAAGGAGCGAGGUCUGGAAGAUGUGAAAAACUUCCACUACAGAGAUGAUGGACUGGAGCUGUGGGACAUCAUGCACAGCUUUGUCACGGAAACUCUCAGCUACUACUAUAAGGACGACAGCGACGUUGAAAAUGACAUUGAACUGCAGGAAUGGAUCCAGGAAAUCUUUGAACAUGGAUUUCUGAGUAAAACAGGAACUGGAAUCCCACAGAAGUUCAACACUGUGGAUGAGCUGGUCAAGUUUGUUACCAUGGUGAUGUUCACCUGCUCUGUGCAGCAUGCAGCCAUCAACUCUGGACAGAAUGACUAUUAUGGAUUGAUGCUAAAUGGCCCCUCCACCAUGCAAAAGCCCCCACCCACCAAGAAGGGAGAGGCGACCGAGGCCUCAAUCAUGGAAGCCCUGCCUGACACUCAGACCACAAGUCGCAUCAUGGGGGUAGUUGGGUUGCUCAGCAAAGCUCCCAGUGAUGGUAAAUUUCUUCUGGACUUCCAUGAGGAAUAUUUUACAGAGGAGGGUCCUUGCAGCGAAAUCCAAAAGUUCCAAGAAAAACUUAGAGCUUUGAGCAAAAAGAUUGAAGACAGGAACAAGGACCUGCCGCUGCCGUACAAAUACCUGGAUCCAAAGUCUGUGGAGUGUAGUGUGGAUAUAUAGAGAGCAGACCACAGCAGGAGACCAGCUGGAGAUAUUCACUCUUUCACUGAAUUGCUUUAGGAUGAUUUCAUUCCUUUUUUCCUGUUUUCUUUAUAAAGAAACUUGUUUGUGACAGAAAUUAAUUGGGGUUUUUCUUUGCAGAAUUGGUUCAUGCUGCAGUUUGUGUUUGCUGUUUGACGGUUUGAUGUGUUAAACCAACACUGUAGUUCAACAGUGAUGUUAUUCCUUUAAUAGUUUCUCCUCCUAAAAAUCAAAUGUUAUCUUUCCUAAACUCUUGAGGCAACAAUAAAUAAACCUUCUGGACAAAG